AUGAUGCGCGAUAUUUAUUCCCGUUCCGUAACGACUAUAAUCUGCCUUUCAACCGCCGAUAAGAAAAUAUCGGCUGCGCCUCAAUUCGGUUCCAAUCAACCACGAGGGUUCGGAGGAAACGCCGGACUAUGGGACCCACCAGCGGCUAAAAAAGUAAACGCUGGGUUUGAAUGGCUCACGAACCAGCCACUUCAAGGUUCUACAAGUCUUGUCGACAUUUUCUGGAAGGAUUGUUACAAUGGAGGGCCUCAUCCUGAGACUCUGGAGUCCUUCGUGAGGUUUCUUCAAUCUCCCUGGUGGACACGGUCGUGGGUAUACCAGGAGUUUGUCUGUUCGCCAAAAAUCCACUUUGUGUUUGAAGACGAUGGUGAUUCUUGGGAGAGGAUAUCGACACGUCUGACCUCAGACCCUGGCUUUUGGUGCGAUGUGUGGAAAAAUCGUCUCACGGGCAAGGAUCACCAAGAUAUCGUGCGCGCCAAGGAUGAACAAUUUGAUCAGCAACGCGCGCAGAAGAGUGCCGAGGAAGGCGAAGGAGAGUCAGAGCGUGGGACGAGCAUUCUGAGUUUCGAAGAACAGGUGCACAAGCAAGUUGAUUCCCUCAUAAAAGAACUCACCGCUCCGAAUGUGGAAAAUGAAGUAGGGGACUUGCGCAUUCUUCUUCGUAACGCGCGGAACUUUCAGGUCUCGGAUCCAAGAGACAAGAUAUACGCAUUCAUUGGGCUUGCGCGGAACGACUACGGCUUCAAGCCUAGCUAUUCACCCGAGAAUACGCCUGCACAUGUCUACUCGGACGCGGCACGAUGGAUUGUCGAGAUUGACCGAGAUCUAAACUACGUUCUUGAGCAAGCAUUUGUCGGCAGACGUGACCUGGGCUUCUUUCUUCCCACGUGGGUUCCAGACUAG